AUGGCGCUGCCGUGCAGCCAGUUUCAACCCCCCCAGAUCUUGGGGGGCACGUCGUGUGCCGUCUGUGGCUUUGCCGAGAAACAACAUCUCGCAGCAGCGGCCAAUUUUGCGGCCGGCACCACCAGCUCUUCCCAGACACAAGCUCGCGCCCAUCAUGGCCGAGGGCGACCCGGUCGGCCCGGUUCGGCAGCCCCACCACCUGCCCGUGGCGUGGGCGUCGGUGUGCAAACAUCCCGUCCCAACACAGGCCGUGCCGUUGGCUUUCGCCGUCAGGAUGAGCUGACUGAUCUUGCCGAAGCCUCCCCGCUUUAUCGCCCCCCGGUCUACACCCGAAAGACCAAGGCCGAGCAAAAUGCCAGCCAAAUCACCCUUGGGGCCCCGCGAGGGGAUCCUGCAGGGCCCCCCGUGUCCAUCGAAACCAUGGCCAAUGGCACCGUCCGCGUCAACAUCGGCCCUCCAGCCCCCGGUGACAGCACGGUCGACAAGGUCCAUGGCGGCCGCCCACCCGCCUCGCGUGAUGGCUCUCGUCGAGGUGGUCCUGCAACACCCAGCGGUCGCCACCGCCACCAUCCCGCCCGCAGCGGGCGUGUCGUCGACGGCGUACAUCUCGAAGCCUCGGGUCGGGAGCUACGCCAGGAAGAAGCCACCUUUCUCCAUCGCGCUGCCCGCGCUGCCGCUGAGCGCGGCGACAUGGACGCCGCCACUCGCUACUUUGACGAGGCCCUCACUACCCUGCGUCUCUCCCCCCACUCCAACAACCGUCCCCACGUUGAUGAUGAUGAUGAUGAUGGCCCACCCCAAGCCGACGCCACGCUGGCCGAUCAGGUGGACGAAUGGGAUGAAGGCUAUCGGUACAAUCGUCGCAUGAACGUUGGCUUGGCACAGACCCUGACCACCGCCCGCGAUAUGCAGCUCUCUCACCAGCUCAAUCAAGCCGACGCCAAGAUGCUGGCCGCCCUCGGCUGGGGCCCUCAACGCCAGCAACAGGUCCUCGAUUGGUACCGUCGUUACGCCGGCCCCACCCACAUGGACAUCAAGGCCUUUGGCAAUUUUCUCCAGGCCCAAGGCGUUCCUGAAACACCCGCUGCUCUCUUUCGAGCCUUUGAUCGGCGCGGAAAUGGCAGCUGGAUCUCCGAAGAGGACUUUGUCAUGGGUGUGGCAGCCUGUCACCCACGCACCCCCCACGAAGGAGCAUGGCAGAUACUGCGCGACAAGGCCAUCUAUCGGUUCUACAGCUACAACGGUAGCAUCAUGACCGAAGCCAAUGCCCGCGACCUCGUUGCUGCCCUCGUCGGAAGUCAGCCUGCCGACGCCCGAGACCGCGCCUUCCGCCAUCUUCGAGCCAUGUCCAAACCCCAGGGCCAUCGCCUUGACUUCAAUAGCUCCAAACUAGACGCCACCAGCUGCCAGCACAUUCUUCUCCAAGCCCUCUUGCAAGGCCAGCCCCGACUGGACCGCCAAACCUGGGCCACCGCUCUCCGUCUCGAAAUUCUGCCACCCCUGAAACAGAUUCUUCGCGUCCGCUUGGCCUAA